UGAAUAAUUCAUAAAUAUGCACAGCUCUUCUUCAGCACGAACACAGACCACAAUACUAGUCAAGUUCUUCGACACGAAGUAGUACUAGCUAGAACUAGCAGAUGGCCCGAGGCGGCGAAGAGCUCAAGCUGCUGGGCACGUGGGCGAGCCCGUUCGUCCUGCGAGCCCAGCUCGCGCUCAGCUUCAAGGGCCUGAGCUUCGAGAACGUUGAGGAGGAUCUGCGCAACAAGAGCGACCUCCUGCUGAGCUCCAACCCCGUGCACAAGGCGGUGCCGGUGCUCCUCCACGGCGGCAGGCCCGUCUGCGAGUCGCUGGUCAUCGUGCAGUACGUGGACGAGGCCUUUGCCGGCGCCGCCGGCCCGCCCCUCCUCCCCGCGGACCCCUACGAGCGCGCCGUCGCUAGCUUCUGGGUAGCUUUCAUCGAGGACAAGCUGCUCGCGGCAUGGCAAAAGGUGUUCACCGCCAAGACCGACGAGGAGAAGGCCGAGUGGAUGAAGCAGACGCUGGCAGCGGUGGAUGUUCUGGAGGGACGCCUCAAGGAGUGCUCUAAGGGCGGGAGCUUCUUCGGCGGCGACCACGUCGGGUACGUUGACAUCGUGCUGGGCGGCGCGGUGCCAUGGGUGCACGCGACGGAGGUGCUCUCCGGCGCAAGGCUCUUCGACGCAGGCAAGGUCCCGCUCCUCGCAGCGUGGCUGGAGCGCUUCGGCGCGCUGAAGGAGGCCAAGGCGGUCAUGCCGGACGUUGAAAGGCUGGUCGAGCACGCCAAGAUGAAGCAACCUGAGGCCGUGGCCGCAGGUGCGGCUGGAGAUAACUAUGGCAGAUGUACUUCCAAGGCUUCUUCUCCAAGAUAUACGCAUCUCGACAGCAGUGCUGUUUACAAAGUCCAAAUGCUGAUUUUGGAAUCGACCAACGCGGUCAAACAAUUGUUGCAUUGGAGUUACCAGAGGAUUUCUUGCGCAUGUAGCCAGCCAAACAAUCCGUGGACUAUAUAUUACACAGUGGUUCCCACUGCUCUGAUCAAGAGCAGAAUGGCCGGCAGAGGAGACGAGCUGAAGCUGCUCGGCACAUUCGCGAGCCCUUACGUUAUUCGAGUGAAGCUGGCGCUCAGCUUCAAGGGCCUGAGCUUCGAGGUUGUGGAGGAGGAUCUCGCCAACAAGAGCGAGCUCCUCCUGGCGUCCAACCCGGCGCAGAAGAAAGUGCCCGUGCUCAUCCACAACGGCAAGCCCGUCUGCGACUCGCAGGUCAUCGUGCAGUACAUCGACGAGGUGUUCAGCGGCACCGGCCCGUCUCUGCUCCCCGCCGACCCAUCCGAGCGCGCCGCCGCUCGCUUUUGGGCCGCAUACAUCGACGACAAGCUCCUGGCGUCGUGGCUGCAGGCGGCGAGGGGCAAGACGGAGGAGGAGAAGACCGAGGGGCUGAAGCAGACACUGGUGGCGGUGGAGACCAUGGAGGCGGCCUUCAAGACAUGCUCCAAGGGAAAGCCUUUCUUCGGCGGCGACCGCGUUGGGUACCUGGACGUGACGCUCGGGGCUCUGGUCGCUUGGGUGCACGCCGGCGCGGCGCUGUACGGCAUGCGGCUCUUCGACGACGCCAAGAGCCCUCUCCUUGCGGCGUGGGUGGAGCGCUUCGGCGCGCUGGACGCCGUCAAGGCCGUCUUGCCCGACGUCGACAGGUUGGUCGAGUUCGCCAAGAUGAAACAGGCGCAGGCUGCAGCCGCGGCCACGGCACAGUAGACUGGCCAAGUGGCCAUGCCAUGCGAGAGAAUAUCUAGUGCUCCCACCCCUUCGUAUGCUACCGUUGCUACCGUAUAAAAAAUGUAUUUUAUACGUGUCAAAAAAUUAUGCGAAAAAAUGUGAGUGCUCAUGAAGUAUAUCCCUACAACAUCUCAAAAUUUCAUGUCCAAAUUCUACAUGGACACCAAGAAAAAAAAAAGAGAAAAUCAGCAUGAAUAGUGUCAUUCUCUGAUUUUGUCUUUUUGUGACACUAGGUAGCACUAUUCGCAGAUUUUCUCUUUUUUUUUCUCAGUGUCCAUGUCGAAUUUGGAGAUGAAAUUUUGGGAUGUUGUAGGAACAUAUUUCAUGAGCACUCACAAUUUUUCGUAUAAUUUUUUGACACGUAUAAAAUACAUUUUUUAUACGGUAGCAAUAGUAGCAUACAAAGGGGUGGGAGCACUAGUGCGAGCCAUGUGGGGUAACAUCAGGUCGGAACUUGUAAUGUCAUAAUAUAGCUCUAGAAUCAGGGCAUGUCGCUGAUUGUUGUAUUUCUCUUCCUCGUCCAAAUAAAAACACAACACAUCAAGUUUCAA